AUGACGACAGCAAGUAGUGGAUUCUUAGAAAAAUGGCUGCAGGAGCGUAUCAGGACGGCGCAGGCGGCACAUGGGGGUGGAACGGAUCCUGUAGGGGCGGAUAGUGUUAUGGAAAAUAUGAAGAAGAACUUGGAAGAUGAAUUUGGCGCAUUGGGCAGUUGGCUGACAAGGCCGGAAUCCAAUGAAGUACGUGACCUCUGCGACAAGGGGAAGGAGGACGGAGGGAAAGAUUGGCAAGGACAAGGACUGGAGCCCCAAUAUAGGAAAGUAUUAUGCCAAGCUAUAUUAGAAAUAAAAUAUUUCAUGAAUGGAGUGGAGAAGAAGAAGGGAGGUGGGGGUACGAGUGCACAUGAUGAGAAAGCACAAAUUACGGAACUCAACAAUGAUAGAGCUUAUGCACGUUGCAUUGUUGGUAUGCUCGCCCUCUCUGAAAUUUAUGGUGACCAUUGUUACUUGAAUGAAGUCAUAAGGAGGGUUGAAGAGAAAGUGUCGACCGAAAUGGAGGGGAAGUUGAAGGAGCACCUGAAGCACGGGCAUACAGGGAACUUGGAUAUAUGUAAAAAAGUUACCAAGAGGGAUUUAAUUUUUGGUAAAGCACUUCUCCAGGGUAGAAUAAAGCAGUGGACGGAAACAAAAAGGAAGAGUAAGGACGGCUGGAGGAUAAGGGUGCCGUGGGGAAGUUGGCCCACGGUCUGCAAGCAGACGGCGCAGGCGGGAACAUCGGAGCACGAGGCAGCGAGGAAAGACAAUUUACAGCAGAAUAAAGGAAGUUUGGUUAAAUUCACGUUGGGGGACAGCACUCAAAGUAGUGGUGGUGCUCCAUCAUCUACCAUGGAAGACAUCCUAGUAAAUGACUCCUACACAAUCCCAGAGAACAAAUUAACGGAAGCACUCUCAUCAGCAAUACAGAAUGCCAAUAAUGCCGUUACUGGCAGUACUGGCGGUCCCAUCUCCCCUGAUUUAACGAAGACAAUAAUGGAGGAAUUUGAGAAGUUAUCCCAAGACCAAUCAGGUAA